AUUAAAUAAUUGUAGUAGUAGUGGCUCGCUUUUCUUAAUUACCACUUUUUCAAAAUUCUGUGGAUAUACAAGGAAACGCAAAGUUGGCAAAGUUGGCAAAGUUUCAUACAACUUCAGACAUAAACUAUUUUGACGACCUUGUAAAAGCAGUAUUUUGUUAAACCCAACCAACUAAUUCAGUAAAUAACUCUAAAUUUCAUCAAAAUGAAAAAAUCCACCACAAAUGCAAACCUCACUCUUUCUCCACCCCCAGAAAAAAAUCGGCCAUCGGUUAAACCGAGUAAAAAAGCUUUGCGUCCUCCUCCAAAUACUCAUCCCGUGUCGCAAUCAGUCUCAAAAACCACUCCAUCCACAAACGGCGUCACUCCCAAUCUUCGACCUCAUCAAGUAAAAGUGGUAGUGGACACUGCGUCGACUCCGUUACUAACCCGACCUUCCACCGCGAGGAGGAAACCCCCACCAUCACCAAACCCCACCAACAGUAGUAUUGAAGUCGUGGAAGAACAAAACUUCCCAGUUCCUCUCCUACAUGAAAAACCUGUUCAGAAAUCUCUCACUGCUGGAGCAAACGAUUUGUCGACAAAGUCGUCUCGAGGACUAACGACACAUUCCUAUCCCACAAAUCGGAGCGGUCAAACGCCUCUGUUCUCCCCGCUCAACACCAAGACCUUACCGCUUACUUUCCCCCCGGUCCGACUUCCAGUUUCUCACACACCUGAACUAAUGGAUCUCACCAUGCCAUCAAUUAGUCGCUCGAGUAGUCAUGCCCCCAUUACCAAAAUACAGGACAAGAAGUCAAUGGUUGUUUUAAAUCCUCCUCCCCAAAGUUUAGGCAAUGUUCGAAACGCAUCACGAAACUAUAACCCGGCAUGGGCUAAAGCUUCGAAAAAAGACAAAACGUUGUUUAGUAUCGAGGAGCCCAGGUUGAAAAAGAAAACGCCCACGCUCAAAUUUGUCACGCCACAGGAAGCGCUAGCCAAAGAGAGGACAGAACUCGACAUGGUGGCGGUGUUGGAUGCUUGCAGGAGUUAUGAUGAAACUCCGAUCUGGCUCUGCUUCCGGUUGUGGGACUACUCUGAAAAUUUGCAACAGUUGAAGAAAUUUGUCAAUUUGGGAAAUGUCGAGUGUCGCGGAGAUGAAAUUGCCGAUAUGAAGAAACUCUUUGAUUUUCAUGACAUGUCGAGUUGUCUGGAUUGUUUCAUGUUGGAUGAAGAGUGCAAUAUGCGGAACGUCGGGUACAUCAUAGACGACGACGUCCUCAUCAGCUUCAACAACAUCUUGCCGUACAUGACGCAAUACUUUGUGGAGUUAAAGGAUCGAUUUUACGGGAAAUGUCCAGCCCAAAAUGCCCUGAUUCGACAGUGGAUAAAUUAUUGUGUGAGAAACGUGAGGGGGAGGCGAGUCUCGGAAUACAUGUGGGACGAGAUGGAUCAUCAUUUGGGGGAAAAUGGUUUCUUUGGGGGGACUUAUCGAACUAUGGCGGAUACGCUGAUGUAUGUCAGUCUCUACAAUAGGAUGAAACGCUGGGAGCCACACGACUUUGCGAAAUGGUACAAUCUUGCCCACUGGUUACGCAUGAUGCAAAUGGAUGACAAACUUCGAGGUGGGAAUGAAUUGAUCAGGAUCAGUAGGUCAAGUAAAUUGCACCCAAACUAUCCAUUUAACAAUAUGAAGCCAGAUAUUGUGAAUCUCAAAAUUUGAUAAUGAUUUUCUUCACAUAAGUAAUCAACUCGACUAUUAAAUCUUUCUAAAUUCUUGUAA